ACUCCGCUUCGGCACCGCCCGGCAUCGACUGACUCAAGCAGUCGUCAGUAACGGGACCGCAUAUAAAAUAUGUCUUCUAAUAUUUUGAGACGCAUCCUCACAAAUGCACGAGGUUUUUCGACCGGACCCCCGUCCGCUGCCCGUUCACCAUACCGUCACCUCCGAACACUGGUCCUCGGCGGUUCCGUCGCCGUCACUGGCUACGCCCUUGGCGCCGUCUACCCGCAUCCUUACAUUACCUUCAUCUCCCCUCGGCCAGCCCCAGCACCCCCCGAUCCCGAUUCCCCAGAAUCAAUCGUAUACACCGCAACUCUCGAACAGACCCUACAGACCCUCCCACUCCUCACGUCCCACCGCGCUCAGCUCGACGCCCACGAGUGGUACGAGACCCGCCCUUAUGUUAAGUACCCAGAGCAGCUCCGCGUAAACAGCCUCACUGCAGGCGCACUUCGUGGCCCCGGAAAACUAGCGCUUCCACCCCUUGUACGGGCUAGGAAGGACGAAAGUGAGGCCAUCGUCAUCGUGCAUGUAGGUCGGGGCGUGUGUGGCCAUGAUGGGAUUAUUCACGGUGGGCUGCUGGCUACUAUUUUGGAUGAGAGUCUUGCGCGAACCGCAAUUACCAAUUUACCAGAAAAGAUUGGCGUGACUGCCAACUUGUCCAUAAAUUAUCGCGCCCCGACCUUUGCAGAUCAGUUCAUUGUCGUCCGAAUCAGUUUAGUUGACAAGGCAGGUCGCAAAUCCAAGGUUACCGGGAAAGUAGAGGACCUCAAAGGCAACGUACUCGUCGAAGCGCACGCAACUUUCGUUCAACCUAAAUAUGCCCACCUGCUCAAGAGCAAAGCCGUCCAACAAAUGAUGGGUGACCCAGAACCCACUAAAUCGACUCCCGUGCUCCUCAGCGAGGGCAUGCCGCCUCCCCUGUCCAAGGCCUAGAGUAAUUCAUACCAUUUAUUAACUUAUAUAGCAUACCGCUAGAGAUACCUGUAUCAUAGACCACCUCGCUGCAACCCUAGAUGCAACUUACCAUGGCCAUCGCUCGGGAUGCGACAAACCUCCAUUCCUCAAAGCACAAUCUCCACAGCGCACAUGUUACAGCAGUGUCACACCUUCCAAAUU